GAUUCGACUCGACCUGGCUGUAGUAAAAAGGGUCGUUUUUAUUCCGUUUCUCUUUCCAUCUAUAAAUAAUAAAUUAUUUAACAAAGUCCAAACAUAGUAGAAAGUCCUGCCUGAAUUUGCAAUUUAUUCAUCGGAAAGACAGCUUUUUUUCUCUUCUCUUCUCUUCUCUGUUCUGUCUCUUCCGAUCCGUGAAAAUGGAAGAGAAGUAUGAAGCAAUCAAGGAUCUUGGCUCCGGUAAUUUUGGAGUUGCGAAGCUAGUACAAGAUAAGAAGACCAAGGAACUUUUUGCUGUCAAGUAUAUUGAAAGAGGCAAAAAGAUUGAUGAGAAUGUUCAAAGGGAAAUCAUAAAUCAUAGGUCAUUGAGACAUCCAAACAUUGUGAGGUUCAAAGAGGUGUUUUUGACUCCAACCCAUUUGGGCAUAUUAAUGGAAUAUGCAGCAGGAGGUGAGCUUUUCGCAAAGAUCUGUAAUGCAGGUCGAUUUAGUGAAGACGAGGCACGGUUUUUCUUUCAGCAACUCGUGUCUGGAGUGAGCUAUUGUCACUCAGUGGAAAUAUGUCAUAGGGAUUUGAAACUAGAGAAUGCUCUCUUGGAUGGGAGUCCUACUCCUCGUCUUAAAAUAUGCGAUUUCGGAUAUUCCAAGUCCGGUUUGCUCCAUUCGCAACCGAAGUCUACUGUUGGGACUCCGGCUUAUAUUGCUCCUGAGGUCCUUCAAAGGAAAGAGUAUGAUGGCAAGAUUGCGGAUGUUUGGUCUGCUGGUGUGACACUUUACGUGAUGUUGGUUGGAGCAUACCCUUUUGAGGACCCGGAGGAUCCUAGAAAUUUUCGCAAGACAAUAGGGAGAAUAAUGAGUGCCCAAUACUCAAUACCGGAUUAUGUUCGUGUUUCAGCUGAUUGCAACCAUUUGCUUUCUCGAAUAUUUGUCACCGACCCUUCUAAGAGAAUUACACUCCCGGAAAUAAAGAAACAUCCUUGGUUUCUAAGGAAUAUUCCAAAGGAUUUAAGCGAAGGCGAGAAGACGAAUUACAAGGAAACAGAGUCUGAGCAAUUGCUUCUUCAGAGCGUGGAAGAGAUUAUGCGGAUCAUACAAGAGGCUAAGACUCCGGGAGAAGGGGCCAAGCCCGGGGAGGUGCCCUUAGUUGGUUCUUUGGAGGUUGAUGAUGCUGAUCUAGACUCUGAAGUUGACAAUAGUGGCGAUUUUGUUGCCCCUAUAUGAGUUUUUAUUUUUUUAUUUGAUUUGAUUGCCUUCUUCUUGAAUGGAAUAAUAAAAUAGUUUUCUUUUCAUCUAGAAAAAUAAAUACAAAAUUGUGGGUAUUGUAUAGAAAUGAAGACUAUGAGAGGAGAAGGUAUGAUCUGAAUAUAGAAAUGGUUUUGGAAUGUGA